UUUGGCUUGUCAUAAUGCGCAACUUCCUAGGCUACGUGUAUUUAAAGUAAAGCCUCAGAAAUGAAUACCACCACAAAAUUGCUUCAAAUUGACUAGCCGUGAGUCCUGUCGAAGAGUACAUAAACAGUAGACUAUUGCAUGACCAGACAAGAAGUGAAGAUGAAAAGAGGGAAGGAUAGAAGAGGGGAUAAUACGCAAGAGGUUGAUAACAGACCAACCCAUAUGAAAGAGGAUACAGACAUUCCAACUGAUCGAAAAGGACAGGAUUCUGAACACGAUAAAAACCAUGCGGGAUGUAGUAACCUUGGACGGGAUCGAAACAGUAUCUUACUGCUUCUGCUGCUUUAUGUCCUGCAAGGGAUACCUCUUGGUCUUGCUGGGAGCAUCCCGCUCCUCCUGCAGAGCCGCAACAUCAGCUACAAGCAACAGGCCAUCUUUAGCUUCGUCUACUGGCCAUUCAGCAUCAAACUCCUUUGGGCGCCCAUCGUCGAUUCUGUGUUUGUGUCGCGGAUCGGCAGACGCAAGUCAUGGCUGAUUCCGUGUCAGUACCUGAUUGGCCUCUUUAUGAUGAUACUGUCAGGUCAGGUCACGAGUCUCCUGGGUGACGACGGGCAAGAUCCGAACAUCCUCUUGCUGACUGGCCUCUUCUUCAUGCUCAACUUCCUGGCAGCGACGCAGGACAUCGCUGUGGAUGGCUGGGCCCUCACCAUGUUAUCUAAGAGUAAUGUAGGAUAUGCAUCAACAUGCAAUACCGUUGGUCAGACGGCAGGCUUCUUUAUUGGAAAUGUUAUCUUCAUUGCACUAGAGUCGGCUCAUUUCUGUAAUACUUAUUUACGAUGGGAGCCUCAAGAGCAGGGAAUUGUAACGUUAAAAGAAUUUUUAUUCUUUUGGGGCAUCGUCUUCUUCAUCACAACCACCAUCAUUGGCUUGUUGAAGCAUGAGGAGGAUAGCCAUGGCGACCAUGAGAUGGGUGUGGUCUCAGCGUAUAAACAAUUCUCCCAAAUCUUGCGCCUUCCCAUUAUCAAGAAAUUUCUUGUCAUCGUCAUCACUUCUAAGAUGGGUUAUGCAGCAGCUGAUGCCAUCACGGGUCUGAAGCUGAUUGAGGCCGGGGUACCGCGGGAGGACAUGGCCCUCCUUGCUGUCCCCCUAGUACCCCUCCAGAUCAUCCUUCCUUGGGUCAUCAGCAAGUAUACAGCCGGGUCAAGACCACUCAAUAUCUACCUCCAAGCUAUGCCAUGGAGGUUGAUUAUGGGCAUUGAAUUUGCAGUGGUAGUUUGGGUGACACCAUCUUUCAGACUUGCGGAUGGAUCUUUCCCGACCUCUUAUCUUGUGUUGCUUUUAUUCAGCUAUGCUGUACAUCAGGUUGCCCUCUACAGCAUGUUUGUGUCCACGAUGGCCUUCAACGCCCGCGUCUCGGACCCUCUCAUGGGGGGCACCUACAUGACCCUGCUCAACACCGUCUCCAAUCUCGGGGGCAACUGGCCCGCCACGGUAGCGCUCUGGCUAGUUGACAGCCUCAGCUGGAAGUCGUGCCACGGGGGCACGGAGGAAGGGUUGGAUUGUGACACGAAAGCAGAAGCAGAGGUCUGCACGAAAGCAGAUGGGAAGUGCGUUACAGAUGUUGAUGGCUACUACAUUGAAUCCGCCAUCUGCGUUAUAAUUGGAUUUGUGUGGUUAGGAAUCUGCGCUCGUAAGAUACGUAGGCUGCAAGAGCUCCCUCUAGAGUCCUGGAGGAUACCAUCUUCGGGGUCGUCAAGAGACUGACUAGCACGGGCUCAUCAGGUAUGAGCCACCGUGGAUCACAUGGUUCACGGUUCAAGUCCCACCGCGGCGCCAAUGUCUUUUGGCAAGACAUUAAUCCAGACUUGCCACUCUCCACCCAGGUGAGGUAAAAGGGUACCCGGUAGGAAGAAAUUCCUUGAAUGCUGGAGUGCCUUUUCAUGGUGGCUCUUCUAAAGCCGGGGUAAUAAUAUGAUUGCAGGGCCCUCAGGGAAAACAGUAUUAAUACUGAAGAGGCUACCCAGGGUAAACAAGACAUAUCAUUAUUAUUAUUAUUAGUUUGAGGAAUUAAAAAUCAGAUGUUAUGAGAUCUCAAAGGGAAAAUCCACCUUGGUAAUCAUUGGUUUAUUAAUAGCGGAAAGAAAGUGAAACUGAUCAGUGAAAAUCUGAAAAAAUUCAAAAAGAAUAUGAAAAAUGAAUUAUAAAGUUAUGAAUUAUUUAAGUGUUAAUCAACCACAAGUUGUAAAUUUUGUGAAACACCCUACCUCUGGAGGAUCUCUCCCAUUUUCCCUGGAAAAAAAUGAAUUACAGUUAUGUCUGAACAUAUUAUAUCUACACAAACACUAUAAAUAUGGUUACUAUACAUUUGUUUUUUUACAUAUGUGCAUAAGAUAAAAAUAGAUCUAAUACUUUAUCAAUAACCAAGUAACUGGAAAUUGAAAGGUAUUUGUAGUUUCCAAUUUGCAUUUAAUUUAUUUACUUUUAUCAAGUCUUCCUCAAACAUUCACUAAUCUGUUUUUCUCAUUUUCCCCCUAUGAUUUAACCCAACGAAAUAUAAAGGUGGACUUUCCCUUUAAGGCUUGCUCACAUGUGUUGUAGUAAACCACCUGAAAAGGAUUGCCAUGGCAAGUAGCAAAGCUAGUAAA